AUGACCACCCGGGCGGAACGCAUGCAACAGCGCAUGCGAGGCGCUGGACAUGGCCAGGUUGAGGAUGUUUCUUUCCAAUUGGACUUUGGCGACGACCUCACAGCAACCGGGAUCGAGCCCCAGAACAGCCCGGAGAGACCGAUACCCAGAACGACGCCGAACACGUCAGCUAAGAGACGAAGACUGGACACUGAUGCGACGCGGCCGGCGAUACCAGCGACGAACGAUACGAGCCUGACCUCGCGGCAGCCUUCAGGGAAGGACGACCCUUACGAGCUCCAAGAAGGGUCCUCUACCGAAUCCGCGCGGUUCGCGGCCGCGCAAACCGCCAGAAGCCCUACUGUCGUCGUCGGCGAACAAAAUGACACUGAGCCAGUCGAGUCCCAGCUGCUGCCUAGACCUGCUGCGUCUGCGCCUCCGGUCUCGCCCGUGUCAAGGAGGGGUACGGGGGAACAUACCGAAGUGGAAGAAAGCCCCUUGGAUGCGCCGGGUAGCGGCCGACGACGCACGGUCGUGAACAGCAGUGCUCUUGUAUCGAGUGCCAGAUUACAGCAAGCACUCUCACCCGGCGAUAACGAAACCGAGACCGUUCCGAUAUCCUCCCCUUUAGAGCGUAAAGUACGGAGAAAUACAGCUGGCACGCGCAGCUCCCGCGGGAGUCGAAACUCUGCCGCAUCUGCAGAGGAUGUUCCGGAUGGCAUUUCGCCGGAUCACACGGUCAGGUCUCUAUUGAAGACAGGAUCUCCUGAGCUCUCGUACCGUCAAGAUGGGGAAAUGGAAGAGCCGACAGCGCCCGUCUCUGAGCCAGUAUCCCCAUCAGAGGUGGAGCCGGAACCAGAAACAAUUGUAGAAGAAGUACGCGAAGUAGAGCGAGAUCACGACGAAAGCUUGGCAGAAGAAGUGAAUACGAACGAGGUGGCCCAAAGACUGGGGCGGAAACGACCACGCAGAAGCCCCAAACCACCUUCCCCUGAACCUGAACCAGACUCGACUAUAGCCGACGAAGACCACGAUGAGCCAUUGCCCAAGAGACGGAAAAAACAGACACAAAAGAGCCCAGCGAAACAGAAGAAAGGAAGACCAAAGGGAACUUCCAAAGCCAAGGACACUUCACCGAAGGCGGCCCCAAAGCGCAAGAAGAAGCCAGGAGCGGAUGGAGCUGCAGAGUCGGUUACUAUCCCCGUCCAGCGAUUUACAAAAAGAGUGCAAGUCGCGGAAGGCGACGAGGACGACGCGGAUGUGCUCAACCAGGACAUCCCAUUUGCUGGACGUAGCGGAGUCAACACGGUCGAUGUUCUGACUCAGGUGUGUGACGAGAUGAUUGAGACGAGUCUCGAUACCCUCAAAGAGGGUGGGCGAAACGCCCAGGAUAAAUCCGCCAAGAGGGAAUACCAAGUGCAGUUCCGAGCCCUAGAGGCCUACCGGGAGGAGCUGAAAAACCGCCUUCUCCAGCAUACUAUCCUCCUCGACGCACUUCACAGCUUGCGCAAGCGAGUACGUAGCGUCCAGAAGGAAAGGAUCGCUCUUCGGGAAGAAAUCAUGCGUAUCCGAGCCGAGCGGGAUCAGGUGGCACUUCGGAAGGAUGCCGUCAGAGCCAAGCACGAAAAGGUGACGGAGGAAGCAUUGAACCAAUUGAGCUUGUCUUCGCAGAUGCAUGAUAUCGACCUGGCCGUGGAGCGCGGUCGUGCAGCACCUGAGCUUGACCCGGCCGAGAAGAAGACGGCAGAGCUGGCCAACCUCGAGAUUUUGAUAUCCAGAAUGACAGACCAAGCCUGUUCGCAGAGCGGUGCAGGGGGAACACUGAAACAGAUCAAGGACUUUAAUGCUUUGCUUGAACGAGCUGCUGUGGCUCUCGAAGGCAGAUGA